UUUAUCCCUGGUUCUUUAAUGUUUACGUCUUGAAAAUGGUUUAAAUUAACGGCUGUUUUUACUCGACACUAAUGGCUUUACAUCCUAAAGUAAUUUUAAGUAGUGAGCAAAUUUUGUCAUUAAGAAAAUUUCAGCAAAUUUACGCUUUUUCAUGACAAAAACGAUGAUUAGAUUUCGAGUAAACUUCCGUUUCAAAUUUUAGAAUUUUUUCCAAUAUAACUUAGUUAAGAUUAUUUUAUAGUUUACGGUAGCUUUGUAUCAGUCAUAUUUCUAUGGGUGAACAAGGGACUACAACUCAAACAGGUUUAGGAAACGAAGAGGAUAAGGACGCUUCAUUUCAAGAAGAAGAUGCCGAAAAUGGCGGCGGGGUUUCCUUCUACGUGAACAAAGAUGGGCUGCCCAUGUCAUCUAAAACGUGGGAGAGAAUGUGGCGCCAUGUUGAGACAAUACAACCUGAGAAACUACCAAUAUUUAACCAAAUUAGAGAAAGUCCUAAUCUUGAGAAGGUUCCUGUGGUCAUUCCUCCUGUUUUGACAAUAUCAAUGACAGUCAAACAGAAACUCAAAGCGAUACAGGAUUAUUUGAUACAUUUACAAUACAACCAUACAGGGACACAGUUAUUUGAAAUAAGAAAAAAUAGGCCAUUGAAAGGACUGAUGGAUACAGCAAGAGAAAUCAUCAGAGAAUCUCUACCAAUCAAAUGCCUUGAAGCUGUUAUAGCAUCCUYAUAUCUGACAAGCAGCAUUCCCGAACUACAAAGAUUUACAAUUAGUUUUAAGAGUCAAUUUUCUUCUCAAUAUUACCGUCAUAUCGUUCUUGGUGUUGUGGCCAAUAGUAAGUAUGGAGCCCUUGGUCUUAGUAGGAGAGAAGAUCUGAUGUACAAGCCUCUUGAAUUCAAGUCUUUGYUUGAUUUGAUCAACGAUUUCAUAUCMUCCUACGGUAAAUAUGAUCACUCAGUCAAGAGAAUCAAACUUAGUUUGCCCAUAGUUCAUGAUUUGCACAGCUGUGAGAAAAUCUACUGGAAGUAUAUUGCCUUCRAUCCCAAUAAGCUGGGACAAGCAGACAUGAAGAAGUUGCUGGAUAAAUAUUCUCGUGAAAUCAAACUUGCGGCAAAUUAUUAUGUGACAUCUCCUAGGAAACAGUUUGACAAUCUAUCUACGUCAUCAUAAAAGAGUGCGUUCAGUACUCCCUCGCUGGGUGUGGUUAUUCAUUCUGAGAAUAAAUGGAAUAUUGGAAAAUAAAAAAUGGAAGAGAGAAAGAUGCAACAUUAGCUGAAAGUCGCUACUCAAACGAAACAAAACGAAGACCAUUCAUGAGUCUUGUUGUUGAAGAACCGUGAACAAGAGAUCCAUUAAAGGACAAUUAGAAGGCGGAAAGUGUAGAAACUCAAGAUGUGGUGGUAAUGGAUGUUGAAUGGGAUGUGGUUAUGAUAAUACACCACGAUGCUAGCUGCAAGAUGGUUUGUUAUUUGAUCUCAGACAUUGAUCGACUAAAAUAAAAUAUUAUCUUAACAUUUUUUUUGAAUUCAAAAAUGAAACAAUGUAUACAAUACUCCAGUAAAAGGRUGAAAAACGAAAAACGAAUGGAAUUAGCUAGGAGAUGUAUUUUUUAAAAACACCUUUAUUUUGCUUAAGAAAGURAUAAAUAUUUUGGGAAAACUUUCUAAACAAAAAGAUUUAGAUUACCAAAUCAAAAAGGACGGGUCGAAUAUUCGUUGAAAGUUGAAAGUCCUUUCUGACUCUUUCUUUUGACGAAUAAAAAAUUCUGUUUCCUACAUGAAUAUUAAUAAGAAGAUUUUUUUCGGGCAAGAACAAAAACAGACUAUCAAGGAAACAUUUUCUCCGCGUUUUUUCCCUUUUUUCUGGGAUUCCUGUGGUUGUUCUUUUCCACUCUAUAAAUGUCGCCAAAACAAACAAUUUCGCCGAAUAAUAAAACCACCUCUGGGCUAAUGUUAGACCGGGGACAGCUGACUUACAGAUAAAAAUGGACCUUGGGUGAUCCUAAUAUUGUUAACUACUUUUCCAGAGGAUAAACGCCACGCCUUUAACCCUCUUAACUCCUCAGUUAUUUCAAACAACUCAUAUUAAUGYCUUCGCGUACAAAAUAUUUCAUAGGUUAUAAUAAGGUUAAUCUAAUAAAUAUCUCCCAAUUUUUACCACAA